UUGAUGGCUUCUUGUCCUUUCAUCCCAUCAGCAUGAAAGUGUCUCUUGGCCUCAGCCUCUUCCUGGCUGUCCUAGACUCAGGGACCACUCUUCAGUGUGAGGUUUGUCACAGCAUAGCAAAAAGCUUCUCUUGCCCACUGAAAAACUGUAGUGGUGAUGAAGAUUCCUGUGGCACCAUUCUGCAUGAGACCACAAUAGGUGGGAUGACAAUCUCUUCAUUCAUCAAGACCUGCCUGAUGUCCAGUGUGUGCCAUCUGGGCUCUGUCACCAUGAACUAUGGGAAAGUAAAAGGAAGAGCUGGCUGGGCCUGCUGCGUGGGUGAUGCCUGUCGAACAGCAUCUGUCUCAAUGCCACCAGUGGACAACGUGCCCAAUGGAUUACAGUGUCCUGCCUGCUACAGCAUUGACUCCUUCCAGUGUGGUAACGAAACCAUAAAUUGCACUGGAUCUGAAACACAAUGCAUUGACCUUGCUGGGUUGAUAAAUCCUGGUGGACAGUCUAUGAAAGUUGCCAUGAAGGGCUGCACUACCAUUUCUGAAUGCAAUGGUGCAGGAGAAGGGAAAAAACAACUGGCAAUGAUGGACAUGAAAAUAACGCAGUUCAAAUGCAAGCCAGCCUCUCUUUUGGCCGGAAUACAUUCUGGGUUUCCCCCUCCAAAAGCCCUCUUUCUCCCUGUUCUGUCAGGAUUAAUCUUGGCUAAGGUAUUUUUUCUGAUGCUCUCUAGGACUGGAAUAAGAAAAGCCCUUGUAAAAUUCUGGCAUUGGUUUGCAGAGAGUCCUGUUUGCCCUUGCUUCUUCUGCGUGGGGAGUCAUUUUCAGACUAGCUCUUCUUCUCUUAUUAUUUUGCAGAAUAAAGACAGUACUUACAUGCCUUUUGUUUUCUGA